AUGUCCGUCUCGACCGACAUCUCGCAACCGCCAUAUCCCUUGCAUGACUCCGUCAAGGACAAGCUCGACCCAGAAUAUGUCGACUUCUACAACAAAUAUGUGAUCAACCUCCAACAAGUCCAUCUUCAACCGGUGGCUGCCUCGAGAACAAGCGGUGUUCUGAUCCCCGGCGGUGGUCCUCUGCUCGAAGUUGGAAAGACAGAGGAUAUCACCAUCAAACGCAGAGCGUCCGAGGGGCCCGAUAUUCUGCUCCGCAGCUUCAUACCGCCAGGGGAGAAGCCUGCAAAUGGCUGGCCGGCGAUGCUGUACUUUCACGGCGGAGGAUGGGUGCUCGGAAAUAUCGACACCGAGAAUCCGGUAUGUACUAACCUCUGUGUUCGAGGGAACUGCGUGGUGGUCACAGUGGAUUAUAGAUUGGCUCCUGAAAACCCGUGGCCGGCUGCUGUCCACGAUUGCUGGGAAGCUCUCCUCUGGCUCAUAUCCGACGGUGCCUCGGUUCUACCCAUCAACACAUCCAAGAUGGCGACUGGAGGCUCGUCAGCUGGCGGCAAUCUGGCUUCCAUCAUCACACAUAAAGCCCUCACCCUCUCGCCACCGGUACGCUUUCGCGCUCAGCUGCUCUCCGUUCCCGUCAUGGACAACACAGCGACCGUAGACAACAACGAGUCCUAUCGUCUGUAUGAGCACACCCCGGCUCUCCCUGCAGCCAAGAUGAUCUGGUAUCGCAACCAUUACCUCCCUAACAUAGAAGAUCGCGCCAAUCCCGAAGCCAGCCCUCUCUUUUAUGAUGAUGACUGGUCGCAACUGCCGCCGGCCUUAAUCAUGGUGGGAGAACUGGACGUCCUGCGCACAGAGGGGGAGCAGUAUGCGGCGAAGCUGAGGGAGGCGGGCGUGGAGGUGGAUCUGCAGGUGAUGAAGGGAAUGCCGCAUCCGUUUCUCGCCAUGGAUGCGGUUCUCAAGGAGGGCAGGCGAUCUAUCACCUUGAUGUGCGAUAUGUUAAAGAGGGUUUUUUGGGAGUCAUGA